UUUUCUCGAUUUUGCUUUUCGCUCAUUUGCUCACAUCCCCCUCCCGAUCUUUGCAAUAUUUCCCUGAAUCUCAUCGGCCCCGGGUCAGUUCUAGUGUUCAGUAACAUCUUGCAUUUUACUCCGUAGGUUUCGUGCCUGCUUUGUUCGUAUUCUUCCUCUUGAGCACUUGAUCCAUCUGCAAACCCACUUGAUUUGCAAAAAUGUCGGGAAGAGGGCACUCCGCGAAGGCCAAGAGGAAGGCGAUUUCGAAGUCAGCCAGGGCGGGGCUCCAGUUCCCGGUCGGAAGGUUGGCUCGGUAUCUCAAGAACGGGCGAUAUGCCAAGCGUGUUGGAGCUGGUGCCCCCGUGUACUUGGCCGCUGUGCUCGAAUACCUCGCUGCUGAGGUCCUCGAAUUGGCCGGCAAUGCAUGCCGAGAUAACGGCAAAACUAGGAUCAUCCCCAGACAUAUUCAGUUGGCCAUUAGGAAUGACGAGGAGCUUGGAAAGCUUCUUGCGAGCGUAACGAUUGCACACGGAGGAGUUCUUCCCAACAUUCAUCAGCUAUUGCUACCCAAGAAGACUGCCGCGAAGUUGGAGAAGGAAGAAAAGUCGAAGGCGGAGAAGUCCUCGACAAAGUCCGAUUCCAAAUCUACUGAAAAGUAAAGAGUUGUGAUCUUAUGAUCUCGGUCUUAGGAAGGUGUUACCUCGACACCGUUAGUCGGCUUGUCACCGAAAGGUUGGUAUCCCCAAAAGAUCGGGCAGAUCUUUAAAUGGUUGACGAGAGCAAAUUUUGGGUUACUUACUGUGAAGAAGUUCAUCGGGCCUGUGUCUUGUUGACUACGAGGACCGUGAGCAGUGAUCAGCCCACCGACGUCGGGGACACCAACGGGAAAUGGUUCAUAGAACUGUGAUACAUCGUGUAACGUCAAUUUUUGGCACCUGUAGAUUUCAAACACGACAAAUAGCAUGCAAGUGCGAAAUGUAUCACGGUCUUGAUCCGAUUCGGCGAGUUUUUUCCCAUAGAUGUGGAACUAGUCCAGAGCCGAUAUGUACUUUUAAUUGUGGGCAGGUCUCCUCUCUCGACGAGUAUUGAUAGGAAAUUCAAGGAAGUGGAGAAUAGAGUUCUAAUAGCUCAUCUGUACAGACUGUUGGUCUGUCAUCCUGUGUAGAAGAUGGGAUCUUAUCAAAGCUUGAUAGAAGCACAUUCCACUCAUUCCCUGUUGUCUGUUACAUUUUUUUCAUAUACUA